AUGAACCGUGACAGUAGGCACAUCCUCGAUGUGCAGAAGGAUGCAGGCAAGUUUGUGUACCUGUCCAUGCUGUGGCAAUGUUCCGCCAGCAACUACUUUGUCAGCUAUAAGGACCACACAUCCAUGCAAGUAAAUGUAGUUGAGGCUGACAAGGUGACAGGCAAGCUCAACAGCCAGUUUAAAACCAAUGCUAUCUGGGAGGGCAUUAACAGGUUGGGUGAAUCAGACGACUCCAUUCUCCAACUGGCCAAGGCUGAUGGCAUCGUUUCAAAAAACUUCUGA